ACGAUAGAAGCCCUAGUUCCAUAAACCUCAAGUUUUUUGGUAUCCUCUUCUCGUCUCGCUUGCUCAUUCCGUCGUCCUCAGUUCUCCGCCUGUUCAUGAAGGCAGGCGGAUUGUUGGAACCAGAAGCAUAAUGCCCCCAGUCGGCUGCCGCCCUUUCCAAGCCCUUCUCAUGUCCGGCUCCAAGUACCUCCCGUUGAGAUGCUUCGUCGCUGCUGCACCUGCGCCUCUCCUCCUCCAUCGCCUUCUCCAUCUUCCUACCCGUACCAGUGCCUACUUCAAUUAUCGUCUUCGUUCCAAACAUUCUCGACAUCUUUUUUGUUCCCGUCAGCCUCGCCGCGACAUGGCUGCGGACUGUGCAGUCGAAGUUGCGGUGCUACAAGACGACUUCUUGACGAAGCGACUGCAGGAUUUGCAGUCGAAACUCGAGGCGAUAGGAAUUAUGUGCAACGAUUGGAAGCUUGGGGUGGGUUUCUCAAUGCCAUGCCCAAAGUGUAAAGGCAGACAUCCUAUGGAUAAGAACUUAUUUUUUUGCAUCCAAAAUACUGGAAAAUUUGCAACAUGGAAAUGCCUUGGAAGUGAUUGUGGAUGGGCAGGCAAGAUAGAGGCUACUGGAGAAUUCAUGGAAAGUUAUCCCCUCCAAAAACAAGCUACUGGAGAAUUCAUGGAACAAUAUGCCAUAAGAAAACAAGCUACUGGAGAAGACAUGGGACACUAUUCUAAAAUAAAACAAGCUACUGGAGAAGUCAUGGAACAUUAUGCCAAAAGAAAACAAGCUACUGGAGAAGACAUGGAACAUUAUUCCAAAAUAAAACAAGCUACUGGAGAAGUCAUGGAACAUUAUGCCAAAAUAAAGCAAGCUUCAAAAUCUGAAGAUUGCAAAAUCAUCGCAGAAAGUCAACUUAACCUGGAGCCAUUGUCUGGCGAGUUUAUUAAAUUCUUUGAAGAGAGAAGGAUAUCAGAAGAAACUCUACGGCGAAAUGGUGUUUUACAGAAUUGUACAAAGACGGCUAUUGCUUUUCCUUACAGAAGAGACGGAGAGAUUAUAAGUUGCAAAUACCGUUCUGUUCCCAAAAAAUUUUGGCAGGAAAAAGACAAGGAACGCAUUUUAUAUGGACUUGAUGAUAUAAAGAAUGCUAGUGAAAUUAUAAUUGUCGAGGGAGAAAUAGAUAAGCUCUCUAUGGAGGAGGCUGGCUAUUGCAAUUGUGUCAGUGUACCUGAUGGUGCACCUCCAAGUGUUUCAGAAAAUAUACCUACUGAGGAGAAGGACACAAAGUUUCAGUUCUUAUGGAACUGCAAAGCUUACUUAGAAAAGGCAUCUCGGAUAAUAUUGGCAACAGAUGCAGAUGCCCCUGGCCAAGCCUUAGCUGAAGAACUAGCACGUCGGCUUGGUAGAGAAAGGUGUUUGAGGGUUAAGUGGCCAAAGAAAGAUGCAACUGAAGUUUGCAAAGAUGCUAAUGAGGUUCUGAUGAACCUUGGACCAGAUGCUCUGCAGAAAGUUAUUGAGAAUGCUGAGUUCUAUCCUAUAAGGGGAUUAUUCCAAUUUGGUAACUUUUUCCAUGAAAUUGAUGCGUAUUAUCACCAGCAUCUUGGAUAUGAGUUGGGUGUUUCUACUGGAUGGAGAGCUGUGGAUGAAUACUACAAGGUUGUACCAGGUGAGUUAACUGUAAUAACAGGUGUCCCCAAUUCAGGCAAAAGUGAGUGGAUUGAUGCCUUGAUUUGUAACAUAAAUAAAAGCGACGAGUGGAAAUUUGUGCUUUGCUCUAUGGAAAACAAGGUUCGUGAACAUGCAAGAAAGCUUUUGGAAAAGCACAUUAAGAAACCAUUCUUAAAUGCAAGAUAUUGUGGAUCUGCUGAGCGUAUGAGUAUUGCUGAAUUUGAGAAAGGAAAAGAAUGGCUAUUUGAUGCCUUUUGUCUGAUUCGGUGUGAGGUUGAUAGCCUUCCAUCUAUCCAGUGGGUUCUUGAACGUGCGAAAGGGGCUGUUCAUCGAUCUGGUGUCCGUGGGCUUGUCAUUGAUCCAUACAAUGAACUUGAUCACCAACGGGAUUCGAGCCAAUCUGAAACAGAGUAUGUGAGCAAGAUGCUUACUAAGAUAAAACGCUUUGCUCAGCACCACUCUUGUCAUGUAUGGUUUGUAGCCCACCCAAGACAGCUUCAAAACUGGAAAGGUGGUCCACCUAAUCUUUAUGAUAUUAGUGGAAGUGCACACUUUAUAAAUAAAUGUGAUAAUGGAAUUGUGAUCCAUCGAAAUCGAGAUGAAAAAGCUGGUCCCCUUGAUGCUGUACAGGUUUGUGUGCUGAAGGUGCGAAACAAGGUCAUUGGAAAAAUUGGCCAGGCUUUUCUGUCCUAUGACAGGACCACAGGAGAAUACAAGGAUUUGGACUAGAGGCUAUUCACAUGUUCAGUAAAGGAUUAAAUUAAGUUUUGCUACUGUGAUCUGCUUAUGCACUCUGAGCAAACAAAAAUAUUUGUGGCCCACUGAACCAGUUUUUAGCUCAAACCGUAGCUGGAUGAGUAAAAGAGAGAAUGAUGUAAAGCAGGGAACAAUUGGAGCACUGGUGUGCAUGGUGUGGGUUUGAAGUAACUACAAAAUCAACUUCUCCAAGGAUGCAAUCCUUCAGCUAAAGUUGAGAUUUGUUCUUAGGUGCCUUCCACACCUAAAUUUUCAUCUGUUCCAACUUCGACACUUGUGCCAAAGACGAUAAUCAUCGGCCCUUCACUAAAGUUGAUGAUGUAACUUUUUCAUAAGUUUUAGGGCAUCUUCAAUAGUAAUAGUUAGAGUUUGACAAAAGUUUUUUUUUUUAUGAUCUCAAUAUACCACAUCAUGUCACAUCAACAUUCUAAAAAUCUAUUGAACAUCUAUAAUAGUUAGAGUUUUAAAUGA